CCCUAAAGGCAACAAGAAAGAAACCCAUAUAUACGAAUUCUAUUAUUUUCACUAUUUAAUUUGAUUGUUUCUUGAAGGUAUAUAUAGCUACUACAAAUGGAUACAAUGAAGAUUAAACUUCGCGUUAUACUAGUCUCUUUCUUACUCAUCUCUGAAGUUCCUGCGAUUCUUGGGUUCAGUAUGAGAGGCAAUACUAGAUCGGAGCCGGAAGCAUUUCACGGCGGAGAUUUCUUCCUGGCGAUGAAGAUCAGGAAAUUGCUGGUUACAAACUUGCAAGUCGAUUAUUCAGGUGAUUAUGAUGAUGGAGCCUCUUCAGCAUCACCAUCACCACCAGUGCCUGAUUAUGAUGAUGAUAUCUAUAAAAGGCAAGGUGAUGUCCCAAGCCCUGCUAUAGGCCACUGAUGAUACGUUUUCAUGUGUAUACUGUAUACACAGACAGAAAUACGCAUUUUGGGUUAAAAUAUUUAUACAUACAUGUUAUUUACUUGUUCAUAUGUGUGUUUGUCUAAGAGAUCUCCAUAUAAUCAAUUUAUGUGUCUUUUUGUUUUGAUAA